GCGGGCGGGCGUUUGUUCCAAGCAAGCAAGCUCUCUGUCUCUCUUUCAAUACGCUCGCACGCGACACCACAUAUGAACUUCCAAAAUGCAAUCCUCUCUCUCUAGCAAGCGAGUCACAUUCUCUCUCUAGUCUCUCCAAAGCGAGUCAUCAUCAUCUCUCUCCCUCAAGCCUCAACCCACCGUCGACGAAUCAGCUCAUUCCUUUUAAUUCCUUCUGACGACGUUAACCUACGACUACGAGAGUGAGAGAGAAAGGGGCUUCUCCUAGGAUACGGACUGUCGCCUCCCGUAACCAGUUCCUCCUUAAUGGAAGGUCUGGCCCACGGCCAGAUCUGAAUUCUCAUGAUUUGAUCCGCUCUUUAUUGAUGCACUGAGUGCUAACCAUGGGUUUGCUUUUCUCGAGAUUGUUUUCGUCCCUGUUUGGAAACAAAGAAGCUAGGAUUUUGGUAUUGGGUCUUGAUAAUGCAGGGAAAACCACAAUUCUCUAUCGGCUUCAAAUGGGGGAAGUGGUUUCAACUAUUCCAACAAUUGGGUUUAAUGUGGAGACUGUUCAGUACAACAAUAUCAAGUUUCAAGUAUGGGAUCUAGGUGGUCAGACGAGCAUCAGGCCAUACUGGAGAUGUUAUUUUCCGAACACGCAAGCAAUCAUUUAUGUUGUUGAUUCGAGUGACACUGACAGAUUAGCGAUAGCCAAAGAUGAAUUUCAUGCCAUCUUGGAGGAGGAAGAGCUUAAAGGUGCCAUUGUCCUCAUUUAUGCAAACAAGCAGGAUCUCCCUGGUGCUUUGGAUGAUGCUGCGAUAACCGAGGACUUGGAAUUGCAUAAAAUCAAGAGCCGUCAAUGGGCUAUUUUCAAGACUUCAGCAAUCAAAGGUGAAGGACUCUUUGAAGGUUUGGAUUGGUUGAGUAAUACACUUAAAUCUGGAGGUGGGUAAAGAUAUGGAGGAUGGAAGCAGAAUUUGUGUUUUGUGCGAAAUUCAGGAGUUGAAAAGAGAUGAGCUUGUCUGCUCGGAACAUCAAGAUGAGCAUUCUUGUCGGGGUUAAUUAUCGGGUUUUGGUCUUUCUUGUUAUAAUUAGAAAUUCUGAGAUAUAUCAGACUCUCUUUACGUGUAAAAUAGUAAGACAACUACAAGGAAAUGUGGGGGUUAUGCAAUUGGGACUUUUUUGGGCUGCUUUUUUUUAAUGUCGACUUGCAUUGGAUUUCUUGUUUCUAAAUCACAAACUAAGUGUGUUUUUUUAAGAUUGGGACGGCUUAUUUGAUCUGUUGAUAUUUGAAUGUAUCAAUGACAUUA